AUGACAUCGUUGUGCUAUAUUAUUCCUCCUUAUCUUCUUGACACAUCUAAAGGAUCACAAUUACAAAAAGAACUCAUUAAAAAAAAUGAACAAAUGGGUUUACUUAAUGUGGUGACUACUGAUUCCCCAUAUUAUUAUAACCACACCAAACAUCAAGAAUCACUUAAAACCAAAAGGUUUUCCAAAGAUCCUUAUUUAAACCAAAUAAUAAAAGAUAAAGUUAUAUACAAAUUGGCAAUUCUUGGUAUUUUAGGUACCAAUCCAAUGGAAAUGAUUCAAGAUAAUGAUGAAUAUCUAUAUCAGAUAUAUAACGAUUUCAAAAGUAGAUUGAUUAACAACAACAACAACGACGACGACAAACCAUUAUCUAAAUCUAACGCAGAACAUUCAUCACUAACUGAAUCAAAUGAAAAAUUGCAACCUUCGAUUUUUAGUGAUCCAAACGUUGCCGAAGUGGAUGUUAGUAAAUUAAAUCAGGGAAAAAAUUUACCUUCUGAAUAUAAGAAAUAUCUUCAUAUGUCUUUAAAAGAUUUGAUAUUAUUGACUGAUUUCCAUAGGUACAAAUAUCCACCAAGUUUUGUCGAUUUUGGAAAACAAUCUUAUUUUGAUUAUCCGUUACCAAUUACCUGGGUACCUGUUAUUCAAAAUCAAAAUUUAACAUAUUUGGAAGAGAAAUGGAAUUUAGAAAUUAAUAAUGAUGUUGGCUAUUCAAAUAUAAGCUUAUCUUCGGGAACAAGUCCAAAAUCAAAUGAUGAAUUUGAAAAUUUUGAUGUGUUGACGCAACCAAGAUUUUAUAAUUUUAUAACAGAUAAGCCGGUUAGUUCAUCAUGUGGUAUUUUUUAUUAUGAACUUGAAGUGGAACAAACAGCUACAGAUGCAACUAAUUUCAAACCAAUUAUAAUGAUGAAUGAUUCUUCAAUCAGUACAAAUUGUAGUUUGAUUAUGGCUACUGGAUUCACUAAAAGAAAAUUUAACUUGGAACAAGGUCCUACUAAUCCAAGUUUGUUAACUCCUGGUGAAAUUGAUCUAGAGAAGAUUAAAUCAGAUAUUUUUUAUAACAACUCAUCAGCAUCAAAUGAUGAAUCUACUAAAUUUUUAAAUGCUCGUCCUGGUGAAUUUCCUGGAAGUGUUGCUAUUAAUUUUGAAGAUUCGACAUUUUAUAAUUCAAUCAAGAGUUCUGAUCAAGUUCAAAGAACACAAGUACUUAACAUGAGUCGACGUUUGAAUAAUAGAUCUGCCAAUGAAGUUGAUUCCGGUAAAGUGGAUAUAGGAAUUCCAUUCAAAACAAAAUUGAUUGAAGAUAUUGAUACUAGAAGAGUUCAUAAGACUGAUACUGUUGGUUGCGGUGUAAAUUUCAUUGAUAAAUCUGUUUUCAUCACAUUAAAUGGUGUAUUAGCCCGGGUAUUACCUGAAGAAGAUUUAAAUUCAACUGAUUCUAGUACUGAUGAUUUAUUUGGCAAAGACAUUAGAGAUAUUUAUCCUAUGAUUGGAUUCAAAAUAAACGAAUUGGAAACGUUUGACUCUAGUGAACCCACUGCUGUUAAUAUCAAAUCUAAUUUUGGAUUUAAGUCAUUUAUGUUUAAUAUCCAGGAUUAUGUCGAUUAUUACAAGAAUCAACAAAUGAAACUGAUAGAUAUGAAAUUAUUAGAAAUUAACGAUGAUCCAUUGGUUUCAAAUGAGCUAAUCAUGAAAUAUUUAUCUAAGUAUGGUUUUACAAAUACCGAAAAAGCAUUUGAGAAAGAGCUUCCAGAUCAAAGGGUUGUAAAUAUCCCUGAUGCUUCAUUAGAAACAAUUGUCGAUGAUGUUCAAAAAAAUAUGUACAAACUUGCUGAAAAAGAUGGUGAAUUUCUUCUUACAACUAGUGCCACUCAAUAA